UGGGAACCGUAUGCAUAUCAGGUUCUUGCAGGUGGGGUGAUGGUGGGGGUCCGGACCGGACUUGAUCGGGACGGCCCUUUGCAGCCUUCGCUACUAUGCCGCAAUCCUCGCUAGAAGCAUGCCCCGCACCUCGAUCAGCUAUUUAUUUCUAGUCUCAGGGUACACAGCGCUUAUCAUUCACGUACCGGUACUUGGAUAUACCUGUGAAGCCUCUUUCCACAGUACCUUUGUAGCUACGAAGGGAAUCCUUGGGGUUGCUAGCAUGGCUUUCACUUUUCUAUCUGCUCUUCCGCUUGUCCCAACUCUCCUUAUCAUCACUGCGGGGUAUCUGAUAAGUCUUGGUGUCUACCGGAUCUUCUUCAGUCCCAUUUCUCACAUACCUGGUCCAUGGCAAGCCAAAGUCACAUUCUGGUACGAGUUCUAUUACGAUGUCAUCGUGGGCGGCCAAUACAUGUUUGAAAUUAUCAAAAUGCAUGAGAAGUACGGCCCCGUAGUUCGAAUUACUCCACAUGAAGUCCACAUCGCCGACCCCGACUACUUCGAUACGAUCUAUGCCGGUAGCGCUAAAAGGCGUGACAAGCCGGAGCUUUUUUCUCGAUCAUUCGGCGUCCCACAGUCCGUCUUCGGGACAUCGAAACAUGAGCUCCACCGGCUACGUAGGGCAGCUCUCAACCCAUUCUUUUCCAAGGCCAAGGUUCGUGCACUUCAACCGCAGAUGCAGAAAGUGGUGGAUACGUUCUUGAUGCGGCUUAGAGCUUUCAAGUACACUGGUCAGCCAAUGUCGGCAUCUUUAGGCUUUGCGGCGCUUUCGAAUGAUAUCGCGGUUCAAUAUGCCUUCGGGCGAAACGAUAAUCGUACUGAGGCAGAAGACUUUGCUCCUAGCUUUCAUGAUGCAUCUUUGAGCGCCGCGAAGUCAUCAAAGCUCAUCAAGAUUGCACCCUGGAUCUUCCCAGUCAUGCAAAUGCUCCCAGACUCCAUCACUGUCAAAUUGAAUCCGGAUAUGGCUUCAUAUAUCAAUCUUCAGCGGGGCUUGCGUACACAAAUCGCCCGAAUCCGCGGUGAUUUCUCUGCCUCCAAAUCCCCUGAAGACAUCCCGUCUACAAUCUUCCAUUCCAUUCUUGCUAACCCGGACCUUCCCGCCUCCGAGAAGACAACUUUUCGCCUAGGCCAAGAAGGCCAAGUCACGGUGUUCGCAGGCACUGUCACUACCGCCCAGACUCUUUCAUGGGCCAUGUACUACCUCGUCUCCCAGCCGUCCGAACUCCGUGGCUUGAAGGAAGAGCUAGUCACCGCAAUCCCGAACCCAGACGAGAUGCCAUUAGUUGCCGAACUCGAGAACCUACCGAUGCUGACGGCUUGUAUUCAAGAAUCACUUCGGCUCAGUCACGGCUUCACGGCGCGUCUGCCGCGAGAAGCACCCGAUGAAACACUCGUCUUCGAUGCCGGACCCAACUAUGACUUCAAUGGCGACGAAGAGUUGGAGAGAAAAUCGAAACACUGGAUCAUUCCUCCUGGAACGCCAAUGUCUACCACUGCUUGUCUAGUUCAUUGGAAUGAGAAGAUUUUCCCCCAGCCAUAUUCAUUUGUUCCGCAGCGCUGGAUCGAAAACCCGAGGUUGGACCGUUAUCUCGUUUCGUUCAACAAGGGGACGAGAGCGUGCGCUGGAAUCAAUCUGGCAUACUCUGAAAUGGCACUCACCCUUGCAUCCGUGUUCCGCAGGUAUGGGGGUAGAUUUGAAGGAGAAGAGACUAAAUUUGAGGAUGACGUGGGGGUGUUGGAGCUAUGGGAGACGAGUGAGAGAGACGUGAGGAUUGUGACAGACGCAACGGUGCCCAAGGCCUGGGCGGGGAGUCAGGGGGUGAGGAUCAAGGUGACGGAGUGACGACUGCAAGACUUUUAUGUCUUUGAUGAGUCUGAUGGGAUCAUGAUUGCAUGUCCACGAUUUACGAAUUACGAGUAGACGUUUUCUCCUUAGUUAUAGCUCUUAGCGUUUACUUACCUAGACUGGCAUAUCUCUUAAUGUUGAAUUUAUAGUCUAUAUCAAUUACGUCUUGACAGAUGACUUCGUUUCUAGAGCAC